AUGGGCGACAGUACGACAUCGCCUUCUUCAUCGUCGACGGCGGAUUCGUAUCUGGGGAGCUUCAUAAGCGUGACAUCGAAGUACGAGAUUCGCUAUGAGGGUUUUCUUUACCACCUCAAUCCCCAAGACUCCACUCUCGGCCUCAGAGACGUGAAGUCAUAUGGAACAGAGGGGAGAAACAAAAAUGGGCAACAAGUUGCCCCAAGCGACAAAGUUUACGAAUAUAUUCUGUUUCGUGGCAGUGACAUCAAAGACUUACGCGUUAUAACCGCUGCACCAGUUCAAACUGAGGAGCCAAUAUACAAUGAUCCUGCAAUUAUUCAGUCAAACUCUAACAUGAGACCUCUGAGUUCAUCAAAAACCGUGUCGGCUACCGUUGGAUCUUUGCCAGAGUAUAACAUGUAUGCUGAACCCCCUGCACCGAAUGCAAAAGGCUACCAGAACAUAUUACCUUCAUAUCCUUCUGAAACUCUGUCCGGGUUAUGGGGAACUUCUCACACGACCCACAAUACUGCAUCAACUUAUGGAAUGCAAACACAAUGGCAGGGAUAUGGUGCAUCGAAUAUUCCCUACGAUAAAUCUCCUGUCCGUUCAAGUGCGACUUCAAGUUCUAUAUAUUUGACUACUACACCAACCCUUUCUUCUGAACAACUAUCCACACCCUAUGCUGAUCCAGUUCCUUCAAAGCCAUCUUUACCAGUUCAUCAGUCUACAUUGAUAAGCUCCAAUGGACUCACCAUGCCUUCCUUGUUAACCUACCAGAACACUACUAGCAUUGAGCCUCGAGUUGUUAAUAAAGUAGCUCUUCACCCUGCAUCUUUGCUUCCUAUUCAGUCCUUUCCAAAUUCUGUGACAUCUUCCUCUGUCCCAAUAGUGGACCCCCAACAAGUUUUUCUGACUCCAAAUCUAUCACAACCGAAAUUGACAGAGCAUUCACUGGCAAAAACACUGCAUCCUGAUCAGAAGGAUAUCGGCAUUAUGAGUUCAGCUAAUCUGAGUUACUCAUCCCCGGCCGCUACUGCUGUUCAACCGCCUCUUUUGCCACUGCCCCCGCCUUGGCAGAAGUUGCAUUCACCGCAGUUCACUGAGGAAUUUGAUUUUCAAGCCAUGAACGAGAAAUUUAACAAAGAUGAGGUUUGGGGGUACCUCGGAAAAGCCAACCAGAGAGAAAAAGUAGAGGGAAUGCAGGAAAAAGGAAUGAGCACUCUGGAGCCUGGUGAUGACAGCCCUAAACUGAUGUCCAAGAUUGAUGCCAAGCCUGCAUACAACAAAGACGACUUCUUUGAUUCCAUUUCGUGCAAUUCUGUCGGUCGUGGAACAAGGAAUGGGCAUAAUUGGUUUCCGGAGAGGAUGAAAUUAGACUCUCAGACGUUGGGCAGUUUUCAACAGAGGACGCAGUUCGGGUAUGGUGGGCAUAGAGAAAGUGGAGUUGGUGAGCACCACGGCUCGUACAACAAUCGGCAGAGGGGUCACAAUUAUGGUCAUAGAGGCCAUGAGGGUGGUAGGGGUCAUAUGGAGAGAUGA